GCUAAAAAGGCAAAAAUGCUUUCGCCGCGAGAUCGAGAAGAGAACCAGAGAUGGCGUCGUCGCUCGCAACCUUAGCUGCCGUUCAGCCGGUCGCGGUCAAGGGUCUCGGCGGCAGCUCCCUCGCCGGAACGAAGCUCCACGUGAAGCCCGCUCGCCGGAGCUUCAGACCCAGAAGCAUCAAGAGCGGCGGAGUGGUGGCCAAGUACGGAGACAAGAGCGUGUACUUCGACUUGGAAGAUCUGGGCAACACCACCGGCCAGUGGGACUUGUAUGGAUCCGACGCUCCUUCCCCUUACAACCCUCUUCAGAGCAAAUUCUUCGAGACAUUUGCAGGUCCAUUCACCAAGAGAGGCCUGCUGCUUAAGUUCUUGAUCCUUGGGGGCGGUUCUACCCUUGCUUACCUCAGCGCCACGGCUUCGGGCGACAUCUUGCCAAUCAAGAAGGGCCCACAACUCCCGCCAAAGCUGGGGCCACGUGGCAAGAUCUGAUUUCGGUCCGAGAUUUUGAUCUUUCUUCAGUGUAUGUAUCCUUUGUACACUUAUGAAAUUCGUAGGCCGCCCUAUGUGAUCAUUAAGAAUUGUCUCAUUGAUAUGUAACAUGUAAUGCCAUGGAAUUUUUAAGCAUGACAAGGUUUCCCUUCUGUCUAUGCCAACCGAUGUUUUUA